AUGUCUUCUUCACAUUCAAAAUUUACUAGUAAUACAACAAAUGUAAGAUUCCAAAAUAAAUGUUAUGUCAGUCAAGAUGGUGUAGCUCAUUGUCAGAGUUAUUAUGAAAGCAACACAACAUAUAAAACACAAAACUACAAAAAAGAAAUACAACAACAAACAAAUAACCAACUAACAACAUCUUUAACUAAUCCUAUAUUAACCAAAAAUUUUCAAAAAAGGGAAAAUGAAGCUUUAUUAAAUUAUAAAUCAACACACCAACAACAACCUUCUUUAUGUCCAAAUGUCGCUAAACUUUUUCGUGGAGAAUUUUUGCCUAGUGGGCCGCCAACUAAUAAUAAUUUUUAUAAGAAAAUUAUUCAAAAAAAGAUGGAAGAAGUUAAAGUGCCAGAAAAUUAUAAAGAGCAAAUAAAAAUUUGUGUAGCCAAUCCCGGGCGUUUUAUGGCUAGUUGGACUCUUUUAACUAAAUUGUUUGGAGAGCCUCAACUUUACGAUUAUAUAAGAAAAAAUGAAUGGAGUAAAGAAGAAUUGAAAGAAUUUGAAAUUAAUGAGGAAUUGGAUUAUUGA